AUGACGAGCACUACCUCGCCGUCGGCCGUCAUCGACGUGAUGCAGCGCGACAUCGAACGCGCCUCGUCCGAGGACGAAAAGAAUGCCGAGUUCAAGCAGGGCUCGGGCGACGUUGCGCAGCUGUAUGCCAGCGGCACGCCCAAGUCCGAGCCCAGCCUCAUGGUCUACGACGCUGCCACCGAAAAGCGUCUCGUCCGCAAGGUCGACCUCAUGAUCGUACCCACCGUCGCCAUGCUCUACCUCAUGUGCUUUAUUGACCGUGCCAAUGUGGGCAAUGCUCGUAUCGCCGGUCUGGAGAAGGACCUCGGCAUGAACCCAAAGUCGUACGACUUCAACAUCCUCCUCACCGCCUUCUACGCCGCCUACGCCGCCUUCGAGAUCCCCUCCACCACCCUCACCAAGAUCCUCGGCCCCGGCCGAUGGAUCCCCAUGAUGGCCUUCCUCUUUGGUCUGCUGUCCAUGGCAAACGCUUUCGUCACCAACUUUGCCGGCGCCGUCGCUGUCCGCUUCCUUUUGGGCGUAGCGGAAGCUGGUAUGCUUCCCUCCAUUGCGUAUUACCUCAGCAGGUGGUACAAGAAGGAUGAGCUGGUCUUUAGGCUCGGUCUCUACCUCGUUACCGCCCCUUCGGCAGGUGCUUUUGGCGGUCUGCUUGCGUCGGCUAUCCUCAAGAUCCCCCAUAUCGGUUCAGUCAGGUCUUGGGAGAUGAUCUUCCUCGUUGAGGGCCUCAUCACCAUCGUGGUCGCCAUCGUCGGAUACUUUACCUUGACCGACUCGAUCCAUACUGCACGCUGGCUUACCGAGGACGAGAAGCGCUUCCUUCAGGCUAGGCUCAAGUCGGAGCUCGUUGGACAGAAGCAGCUGGUGGACAAGACGCACAAGAAGCUCAUCUGGAAGGGCAUCACCAACACCACCUCGCUCGCCUGCGCCAUGAUGUUCCUCUUCGACAACAUCUCAGUGCAAGGUACUGCUGUGUUCCUGCCAUCCGUAGUUCGUGGAAUCUUCCCUGCUCCCAAGUACGAUGUGAUCGACCAGCAGCUGCUUACGGUGCCGCCGAAUGUGGCGGGAGCGAUUGCGACGCUGGCAUUUGCAUAUGCAUCGGCCAAGUUCCGCAUCCGCUCGGUAUUUGUCGUCAGCGGUACGGUUCUGAUGAUUAUCGGAUAUUCAAUGUUCCUCGGAAGCAAGAAUCUGUACGUGCGCUAUGCUGCUUCGUUCUUCGCCACCUCGGGCGCAUUCACCAUGGGUGCACUGCUUCCAGCAUACGCGGCGGUCAACACGAACAACGACAGCGAACGUACGGGCGCCAUUGCAGUCACCGUCUUCUUUGGCAACAUCGGCGGUCUAAUCUCGACUUGGAGCUACCUCAGCAAGUACGCGCCCAACUACAUCCCGGGCAAUGCGCUCAACCUCGCCGGCGCCAUCGUCAUGAUCAUCAUCGCCGUCUGCCUUGUCUCGUGGCAGAGGUGGGAGAACAAGCAGCGAGAGGCGGGCAAGAGGGACUGGAAGCUCGAGGGUCUGUCCGAGGACGAGAUCCAGAUGCUCGGUUCAGACCACCCCCACUUCAGACUCAGAGUUAUUCAGGGCCCUAGAGAGGUCGCUGUCGUUGUCAACGUACAUGUGCGUCUUCUUGCCGUCGCCAAUGUCGAUGUGCACGAUCCUGAACUUCGACUUGCCGAUCUUGUGGUCUCAGUCGUGCUUGAGGAUGAGGACGACCAGUCGGUCGGUAGCGGGCUCGUUGGCACAGCCGACUUCCUUGAAGUCCUCCGGGCCCAGGAAGUACCUGCUGCUGUGGUCGGUCUGGCCGGGCAAGUAGCAGUCCUGGCUGUUCGCUCGAACAGCACUGUGGGCGGGGUUGGGGGCGGGGGCGGCAAAGCUGGUGGCGCUGCGGUUGUUGACGAUGGCGGAGGCGGCGGCGGAGGUCGUAGCGCCGAGGUCGCGGGCAGAGGCGAUGGUGUUGCCGAUUUGCUGGCGACGGAGGUGCUGGCGCCGAGGUUGCUGGCGGCGGCGGUACCGACAUGGGCGGCAUCGACAGAAGGGCCGCAGGGAGUCUCGAACGUCAGGAUCUCAUCAUCUUCGGGGACGGACGUGUCCUCGUCGCCGUGA